AUGAAUGCCAAGGAGACUGCCGCAGCCAAUCCAGGCUCAGAGACAGAGGCAACCACCUACUUCAAAGUCCUCAGCCUCGUCAUUCUCCCCUUCAUCGUGACAUACCUCUUCACUUCCUUCGGCAACAAGGGCUAUCAGCAUGGCCAAAGCGCACGAGAGCCUCCGAGGGUUCCGUACUGGAUUCCCUACGUAGGUAACACAAUUGGCUUCGCUUUCGAUACUGAGCGCUUCUUAUCGUCUAUUCUAUCCAAAUUCGGCAAAGUCCCGCUUCGUAUCUUUGUAGGUGCAGAGCCUAUGUACUUUAUUCCUCAUGGCCAGCCUAUCAUUGAGGUCUUCAAGGCAUCGCGGCAUUUGACUACCAAGUCUCUUGGUGUCAUAACUGUUCGCGAUGCGUUUGGCGUACCAGAGUGUGAUAUGCCGAUCUAUGUUGAUGACGAUUCUGAAUAUGGACAUGUUGACCCAUCAAAGAGAUUUGACUUUGUCCAGCAUCGUGAUUUACAUGCUCUUUUGACAGGAGGACCACUGAACUCCAUGGUUGCAAAGUUUGUCAAGAUCUAUUCCGAUAUUAUCGAGCAAGAUACCAGGUUGAAAGAGGACGAGUGGACCGAGGUCGAUGAUCUUUACGAGUGGCUCAAAAACAAUCUUCUCCGGGCUGCAAUAACUGCUUUGUGCGGCGACAAGUUUCUUGAAAUCUCGCCGACCUUUCUCGAAGACUUUUGGGUGUUUGACUAUCACCUCCCCAACCUCUUGAAGCGGAUGCCACGGUGGCUGGUUCCAAAAAGCUACGCGGCCAGAGACAAGUGCCAUCAGAGCGUGCUACGGUAUCAUGAAUACGGAAAGCGGAAGUUUGACUUUCUUGAUGAAGAAGGCGUCGUCAAGAAGGACUGGACACCAGACUAUGGAGCAAGGGUGAUGAGUGCUAGGCAGAAGAUGUUUCAGAGCGUUGGAAUGACCCCCGAGGGCGGCGCUGCUCUUGACCUGGGGCUUAUGUGGGCAACAAAUGCUAAUGCCAUUCCCGCCGGAAUGUGGAUCCUACUUGAUAUAUUGCUCGACAAGGACCUAAAGAACAGAGUGAUGGCCGAAAUGCAACCUUCUUUCAUCGACGAUUCUCUAUCUUUCGAUAUUGAUAAGCUCUGCUCCGGACCCCUGAUCAAUUCCAUCUAUCUCGAGACGUUACGUCUCCGUGUUGCUUCACCGGUUGGACGAACACCAAUUAUCCCCGAUCUAAAGAUGGGAAGAUGGAAAUUCAAGCAAGGCGUCGGCAUGCUAUCUUCAUCCUGGGUCGGCGGCCACGAUCCUGAUUUCUGGAACACUGGAUAUGUACAGCCUGGCGGAAUUGAAGAGCACCCCGUUGAAUCAUUCUGGGCAGAGCGGUUCCUGGUCUACGAGAAUGAUGCAGGCAGUGGUCCUGUUCGACCAACUGCUCUUGCGGAAAAGCCCACAAAGCGUACCCCAGAGGACGAUCGUAAAGCACGGCCGACAAUUGAUGGAACGCAAGGUUACUGGUAUCCUUACGGAGGCGGGACAAGAAUGUGCCCUGGUCGAUUCUUCGCCAAACAGGAACUCAUAGCUGCUGUGGCGGUCGCUCUGCGUGCUUUUGACAUCGAACUUGUUGACCCCGAAGCGGCGAGUAAGGUCAGGCCGAAUAUGGAUUACUUUCCGUUUGGAACUAUCCCACCCAAGGGUAAGGUAGCUGCUCGGAUUAGGAGGCGAAAGUUGUGA